GUCUCAUCACCGUGUGCAACAUCGACGAGACCCGUUUUCUUUCAUUCUACUUUGAUAUCAGCUGAAAUUUGCAUAGAUUCCUCUAUUGCACGAUGUCGCAGUGGGGUCAGCCGGGAUUUCAGUAUCCCAUGUCCACAGGUUAUCCAGGUCAACAACAGCAGACCGGUUUCCAGCCUGGAGGAUUAGUUGGAGGCUUUAAUCCUGGUGGAAUUGCUCCACAACCUACUGGGUUUCCAGGCCCUCGACUACAGGGUUACCAGCAGCCCCAACAGACUGGUUUCCAGCAGUCCCAGCAGACUGGUUUCCAGCAGCCCCAACAGACUGGUUUCCAGCAACCCCAACAGACUGGUUUCCAGCAACCCCAACAUUACCUUGGCGCGGGUCUCUCUGGUGGUUUCGCGCAGCAGGCUCGUCCGCCGCCUCCACCUGUUCCACCCAUCCCAAGCCAAUUUCAGCAGCAGCCUGGCUUCUCCAAUCCUCAGGCGAAUCGGUUCGGAGGUCUGUCUCCUUCAGGAUUCGGUGGAAGCUCAGGCCUCGUGCCUCAGCCGACAGGCUUUGCAGGUCGCACUGUUGGGCCGUUGAUUCCCCAAGCAACCGGCUUUAUGGACCCGCGAUUGCAGAUGAUGUCUAGCUCGUUCUUGCCUGCCAAUGUCUCGGCACCAUAUAGUGCGGGAGGAAUGCCGCAGCUUGCUGCCCCUCCUCAGCAACAGUUGGGCGGCUUGUCUUUGCAGCAAUCAUUCCAGCAACAUAAUCAGGCGCGAGGUAUAGGAUCUGCACCCAAGAUUCCCUGGACGCUCUCCAAGUCCGAAAAGAAGCAAUACGACCAGAUAUUCAGAGCCUGGGACGCCCAAGGCACUGGUUUUAUUAGUGGUCAGACUGCGCUCGAGGUCUUCGGUCAGAGUGGGCUCGAUAAGAACGAACUAGCACGCAUCUGGACUCUUGCUGAUGCUGAUAACCGUGGCAAGUUGAACCUUGCUGAGUUCCAUGUCGCAAUGGGCCUGAUCUACCGCAAACUGAAUGGCAAUGAUAUACCUGACGAACUUCCUUCCGAACUCAUCCCUCCUUCCUCCCGAGACCUUGAUACCUCGGUUAAUUUCCUCAAGGAUAUUCUCAAGAACGAUACACGUGCCCGAUCUCCAUUGGGUAUCGACACCCCUGUCUCGCGUCUCAAGGAACGUUCUUUCAAUUCUACAUCUGCACCAGGUGCUGGCGGCCGCCAGGACGCCACAGUCUACAAGCACACCGAUGCAGAGCCUCCUGGCGGGUUCUACCAACCCCGGAGCAGGCACAUCGACCGCAGCACUGUGCGCUCGCGCAAUGAAGACAACAGCCCUACUGCAGAUAUCUCUGACCUGAAGCGGCAGCUCGCCAACACGCAGAAGAUGCUUGAUGCAAGUGCCGUUGCGGAUGCGGGCGAUGAUGAUCUUGAUCGUGAGAUGAGCGACUUGCGUUACCGUAUCAAGCGGCUGCAAGAGGACCUGGAGUAUGUCUCCCGCGGUCCGAGGAGCGCGAGCAAAGAAGAGGAGCGUAGGAGGUUGGAGAGAGAGCUUUUGCAGCUCAUGCACGAGCGUGUACCCGAGCUAGAGCGCAGGAUCGAAGACAGUCAGGCGAGGAAAGAGAGGGAGAAGCGCGAGUACGCCAGAGAGCGUGAUCGGAGGAACGAGAGAUUUGGCCGGUUCGACGACGCGGAUGAGAGGCAUUCGCCUUCCGUGCGCUAUAGAGAUGACGAGCGCGAUAGACCUUAUUCUCGUGGUGGAUCGCGGUAUGAUAGGGAUGACAGGGACUAUGACAGAGAUAGGUCGUACCGUGACCGUCAUGAUGAUCGGGAUCUGGAUCGCGGACUGUCGACAUCAACUCGUACUCCCCCUCCACCGCCGCCUGCUGCACCGGCAAUCAACAUAUCGCAACCUGCCCCACCACCACCAGCCCCCAGUCGUUCACCUGCUCCAGGACAAAAGAACAUGAACCCUGAAGAGCGCAAAGCAUUUAUCCAAGCGGAGGCCAAGAAGCGUCUCGAAGCGCGCAUGCAAGCUCUGGGCGUAUCUGCGCCAUCCUCGGUCGCAUCACCUACCUUGGAUGUCAGUGUUGAAGACAGACUCGCUCAAGAGAAGAAGGAAGCUGAGGAAAAAGCUAAAGAAGCUGAGAGACAGGCUGAAGAGCGCGAGAGACUUAGGAGGGAACGGCUUGAAAGUGAGAAGGCGCUCAAGGAAGGCAAGGCGACUCCUCAGCCCACGCCAACUGUGCCGACACCCACGACCACCGCCCCGCCUCCUGCCCCUGCACCCAAGGUUGCACCUCAAGCCCUGAAAACCCGCGCGCCGGCACCACCUCCACCAAGGAAGGGCCCAGCUCUUCGCCCGUCUCUGACUUCACCUGCUGCGCUCUCUCCCGCUCCCCCAGUACCGACGCCUGUGCGCGUUGUUAUUCCCCCGCCAGCUCCCGUAGCACCUGCUCCCCCACCAGUGCUUGCUGAAUCCAAAGAGGACCCAGAAAACGCAGCUCUCAAAGCCCGUGAAGUUGCCCUCCGUAAGAAACGGGAAGACCACGAUGCACUUCUCCGCAAACUUGAAGAAGAGGAGGAAGAGGCCCGUCGCGCCGAGGAAGCAUACCGGGCGCGCCGAGAGCGGUUCUUGGCUGGGAAAUCAGCUGCGUCUCCUGUCACGCCCUCAUCUCCUGUCCCCCCGCCCCCUGCCUUCGUUCCUGCCCCCCCACCACCGCCACCGCCACCUGCUCCUGUUUCAUCCUCAGCAGAGCCUGAAGAAGUGGCACCUCCGCCCCCUCCGCCCCCGCCCCCUGCACCGUCGGCAAAUAAGUCGAGCACUAAUCCUUUUAGUCGAAUGAUGAAGGAGGGUGCAUCAGCUACUUCAACUCCUGCGGCAUCAACCCAUGGCAGCGGCAACCCCUUCUUCCUCAACCAACCCGCCCCUCCACCCACUGCUCCUGCAACCCCACCAGUAGCACCCGCUCCCCCCAAAAGUCCCGGCCCUCCUUCAAGCAAGACGACCUACAACACAGCCGGAGGCGAUAGCGAAGAUGAUUGGGAUGAUGUCAUGGAGAACGAAGCCAAUGACAGCAGCGAUGAGGAGUUGGGUUCGCGAGAUACGCGCAUGGGCUUAGCGCAGCAGUUGUUUGGGAACUUAUUGCCUACUCGGCCGCAGUCGGCUGGACCUGUUCCUCAGUCUCCUAGAAGUCCUGGACCUGCUGCAUCUUCGCCGCCGCCUUCUGCGCCUCCUGCGCCUCCUGUAUUUUCGGCUCCUGCUGCGCCCCCACCACCGGUAGGCAACAUUACGGCCCCAGCUCCAACUGGUGAUCGUGGUGCCCUCUUGAGCGCUAUUCAAGGAGGGGCGAGAUUGAGGAAGGCUGUUACCCAUGAUCGGAGUGCUGCAGCUACCUCGGGCAAAGUUAUCGGCGAUGCUGCUACUCCUGCUCACAUCAACGCUGCACCGCGGCCAGUGUCGCCUCCCGCGGUUAUCGAGCCAGUAGCACUCGUGCUUUCUCCGGUCUUGAAGCCUGUCAUAGAGGCACCCCGGAUGACCAGAGAGUCAACUUCAGGACACAGUAAGAGGGAAUCGGUUGAUUGGUAUACUGGUCUUGCUGCUGACCAAGGCGCUGUGCAUCACUUGCCAGCUACUCUCGAGGAGGACGAGGAGGCUUUUGAGGAGGCGUCUGCGGUGUUGGAUAUCCAAGUGCCAGAUGCUACGCCUGAUUUGAUGGAUGAUAUUGAUAAGUCUACUGGUGAGCGGUUAUGGCGUGGAGGGGAGGUGUGACCUGAUGAUUUCGCAGAGUUCCGUGUGCGGUCACUUUACCCGUAUGAGGGGCAGAGACCUGAUGAUCUUAGUAUGCUUAGUGUCGACGUGUACAACUGAUCGCUGACUAGUUUAUUAGGUUUCGCUGAGAA